UGGCGCCUACCCAAGGAGUUCAGUUGGUAUGGUCUGGCACAUGUAAAAGAACGGGAAAAGGGAGGCUAGGACACGUUCCUGAGGUAAAAAAUGAAUCCCCACCCUAAUCCGCUCGUGCAUGCAGAGGUUUUCAACCCUCGGUCUUACACGCUCAAUAAUGCUCCUGAGCUGCGGCCGGCCCAACCCAAACCGGGCCUCAACGUAGUAUACCCUGCUUCUCGAGGAAAGGACGAGGUGUCAGACGGUUCAUCACUGCCGUGUUACUCAGGAUUCGUCGAGCAGCCGUAUUCGACCAGUGCUGGGUAUACCUUGGCACCAAACCAAAUUUCGGUCGUCUACACCACAAUUUAUGGAACAAACGUCAAUCUUUUGGAAUGUUGCAACCGGAUUCAACAUCAUCCCAACGCGUCCUGCGCACCUGGUAGUAACAUUAUGGGUGUAGCUACGGAACUGGCUAAAGUGGGCGACGAAACGUUCCAGACGAAUCCCAGUCCAGUGCCUCAAAAGAAACCUCGUAUUAAUAAGUAUAUCAACUGCCCGCCAACAAAUUGCCUCUAUCCUGGUCCAGAUGGGAAAUGCUGUUUGCAAGAGGUCACCUAUGCCACGGCUGCGGACCAUUUUAUCAUUCACGGAAUAACAAAGAAGUCCCGUGAUGAGGUAAUUCCCUGCCAGUGGGAAGGAUGUUCCGCAGAAGUCGUGCGACACAAUUUUAUCCGCCAUAUUCGUGAAAGACACCUUGGACACAAGAGGGAAUCUGCCGUCCACGCCUCCGGGAAAGAACGUGGACAACGCACUUCCAGUGCCUGAUUAGUUGAGGUGGAGAUGUCUCGUCGAUCGAGGUAUCAGUCUGGAUUUAAAAGUUUCGCGAUCUGCUAGUGUUAAAUCGUAAACGCGUUUCACAGUUGUAGGUUUCGGUCCAACACAUUCGAGCAAUCGAGUUCACAUAGUAGUUACU